CCGGGUGGCGGCGGCGGCGGUGGCGGCAUGGCGGAGCCGAGCGGGGCCGAGACGAGGCCCCCCAUUCGGGUCACCGUCAAGACCCCCAAGGACAAGGAGGAAAUUGUAAUCUGCGAUCGAGCCUCGGUCAAGGAGUUCAAGGAGGAGAUCUCCCGGCGGUUUAAGGCUCAACAGGAUCAGCUGGUCCUGAUCUUCGCAGGCAAAAUCCUCAAGGAUGGAGACACCCUGAGCCAGCACGGGAUCAAGGAUGGGCUCACAGUCCACCUGGUUAUCAAGACCCCUCAGAAGGCUCAAGAUCCAGGCGCUCCCACUGCUUCUUCCCCCUCCACUCCUGACCCUGCCUCUGCACCCUCCACUACACCUGCUUCACCUGCUACCCCAGCCCAGCCCUCCACCUCUGGCAGUGCCGCUUCGGAUGCUGGCAGUGGAAGCCGGAGAAGCAGUGGGGGGGGUCCCUCCCCAGGGGCUGGAGAGGGACCCCCCAGUGCUGCCGCCUCCAUACUCUCUGGCUUUGGGGGCAUCCUGGGACUGGGUAGCCUGGGCCUGGGCUCUGCCAACUUCAUGGAGCUGCAGCAGCAGAUGCAGAGACAGCUCAUGUCCAACCCUGAGAUGCUAUCCCAGAUCAUGGAGAACCCACUCGUCCAGGACAUGAUGUCCAACCCCGACCUGAUGCGCCACAUGAUCAUGGCCAACCCCCAGAUGCAACAGCUGAUGGAACGCAACCCCGAGAUCAGCCACAUGCUCAACAACCCCGAGCUCAUGAGGCAGACAAUGGAACUUGCCCGGAAUCCUGCCAUGAUGCAAGAGAUGAUGCGGAACCAGGACCGGGCCCUGAGCAACCUCGAGAGCAUCCCUGGAGGGUACAAUGCCCUCCGGCGCAUGUACACAGACAUCCAGGAGCCCAUGUUCAGUGCUGCCCGGGAACAGUUUGGCAACAAUCCUUUCUCCUCCCUGACCGGGAACUCCGAGAGCUCGUCCUCCCAGCCUCUGCGGACUGAGAACCGAGAGCCCCUCCCUAACCCCUGGAGCCCCUCGCCCCCCACCUCCCAGGCCCCCGGGUCCGGUGGGGAGGGCACCGGAGGAUCGGGGACCAGCCAGGUGCACCCAACAGUCUCCAACCCCUUUGGGAUCAAUGCUGCUAGCCUGGGGUCAGGGAUGUUCAACAGCCCGGAGAUGCAGGCACUGCUGCAACAGAUCUCCGAAAACCCGCAGCUGAUGCAGACCGUCAUCUCAGCCCCCUACAUGCGCAGCAUGAUGCAGACACUCGCCCAGAACCCCGACUUUGCUGCCCAGAUGAUGGUGAAUGUGCCGCUCUUCGCGGGGAACCCCCAGCUGCAGGAGCAGCUCCGCCUGCAGCUCCCCGUCUUCCUGCAGCAGAUGCAGAACCCGGAGUCGUUGUCCAUCCUCACCAAUCCCCGCGCCAUGCAGGCCUUGCUACAGAUCCAACAGGGUCUGCAAACCUUGCAGACUGAGGCCCCCGGCCUGGUACCCAGCCUUGGGUCCUUCGGGAUGUCCAGGACCACUGCGCCCACCACAGGCAGCAACACAGGGUCUGUACCCGAGGCCCCUGCCUCCUCACCAGCCCCGGCACCUGCUGCUUCCUCUCCCACGGGGACAUCCAGUACCCAGCAGCAGCUCAUGCAGCAGAUGAUCCAGAUUUUGGCAGGAAGUGGAAACUCACAGGUGCAGACGCCAGAAGUGAGAUUCCAGCAGCAACUGGAGCAGCUUAACUCCAUGGGUUUCAUCAACCGGGAGGCCAACCUGCAGGCCCUGAUUGCCACAGGAGGGGACAUCAACGCCGCUAUUGAAAGACUCCUGGGCUCCCAGCUCUCCUAACCCCUGGCUCCAGGCCGCCCGCCUCUCCCCCGUUCCGAUGCCAGCGUCUGCUUCUCCCAUGGCUCUGUCCCUCUGUCUUCUCCCAGUGUGACUCGAAGCAGGGAGGGGCUCCCCACCUGGGCCUGUCUGCAUCUCCAAUGGAAUGUUCUCUCCUGGAGCUGAAUUGUUGGAAAGCAUCUCCCAGUCUGGCCUAUUGUCCUUACCCCUUGCCCCACAGCUCCUUCUGGAACCUUCCAACUUCUCAGAAGGUGCAGAGGCAAGGGGGGACCCAACUGCCUGAUUCACAGACACAGUCUGCCAUGGAUCAGUCUCUCUAAGAUUUGGUCUUCCGUUCACCUUUGCUAACUCCUCCUCUAUAUGUCCCACCUCUCCCAGCCAAUGGUAGAAUUUGCCUGUGAUUCUGCCUCCUCCACCCUUGUUCCUGUGUGUUCUUCACCCAGCACUUUUUCAUGAACUCCACAGGGGCCUCCAGGGAGAGGAGAAAGAUGCCCUCCCUCCCUCUCUGAAGGGAGAGAUGGACCAGGCAGAACCCUUGGGCUAGGGACUCCCAAAUCCUGGAGCAGCCCGUGGGAGACUGCAUGACACAGUGGCAAAGGCGGGUGUCUUGGAGGAGGGACAUGAGAGCAGCAGCUUGGGAAAGGUCUGGAAGCCGGGACAGACUGUUGGCAAAGAGGACUCUGGAGAGAGCAGGCCCCGGCCUGGCAGGGGGACAGGGGAGUGGAAUCCGAAUGGAUUCCUGAGGGGGUGGUGCUGGUUCUCUCAGAACUCUGUCCCACCAGAGAGAAGUGAGCAGCCAACAACGCUAGGUGCCCAAGCCUUGGGAUGUUGUGCUACCCCAUAGUCUCCCCAAGCAGUCAGGGCUGUGCCCAGCACCCUCAUCACCCCUCCCCUGAUAUUAUAGAGGAGUAGCAGAGGGAUUCCCCUUCAGAGCCAGUGGCCUCUGGCAUCUUGAUCCCUGCCCUUCUAAUUCUUGCAUCUCUUCCCCAGCCCAGAAAGUUCUGUUGGAGAGAGGGGAGGGUGGCAGUGAUGCCUUUGAUCCAGAAUUGGACAUUGCUCUCCUGUGGGCUGUGGAUGAGACCGCUGUCACCUCCCCGUCAUGCCCCUUGGCCCCCUGUACUUGAAGGACCCCAUGGCAGAGAAUAUGGAAGCAGGAGGAAGCUGGGCUUGGCUCCAAGUAGGCAUGGGUCCCAGGCAGUGCUGGAGGAAACCUUUCUGUGGCUUUCCCUCCCUCCCUGCCCUGCGCCCACACUGGCCUUUGUAAAUAAAUCGUGUGGUC